AUCCUCUCCCGAUCCCUCCCUGCCCUGAAAGCUGUCAUCAGCAGCAACUGCUCUACCAUUCCAUCUAUACCCCCGCCCUCCCCUCCGUUGCACAUACAUCUCGUGAACCUCGCGACGCGCUUUCUAAGAAUUCGGUUCGCUUGUAGGGUGCCAAUCUCGCGCGCCAAUUUCAAAGUCAAGCAACAUCCACGCAGGCUCGACCCACGACUUAACGCUACACUCAAGACUCUGGCAUUGGUGCGGGGCCAAGCAUCGCUUCGUCAUCGAUCUGAAAUCGCGUCAUCGGUACGCAGUUGCAGCAGAGCUGUCUACCUUCAUUAAACCGAUAUCUGUCCCGGCCCAGCAGCUGCAGCCGGGUCUCAUUCGACUUUCAAGCACCUCAAACGCGACAACGGGCUCGCGAAAAAGAACAAAGUAGUCUUGACUUUCGUUCGCCUUGGCCCGCAAGCUGCACCAAGCAGUCACAACAUCUCGCCCCUUACACGCGAAGACAACCAUGGCCGCGGUCUCAUCUCCACGCCGACCAAGCGGUUUGUUCUCGAGAUUCAAGGCCGGUCUCUCACCCGAUGAUUCAAGCGGUGCACCUUACAUGACUCACAAGCAGGGAGUCUCGUCGAUCGACUAUGAAAAGGAAGCGGAUGCUGCUGCGGCAGCGACAGGUGCAGUGGUGGCGCGACCAGUUGGCAUCAGCAGGAGGGUCAGCUCCCGCAAUUUCAGCACGCCAGACUUGAACGGCCCCACCAAGUCGAAGCGAGGCUUCUGGGGCCGGAAGCAUGUGCAAGAGGCAUCCCCUCCCGUUCCGGAUCUUCCUCCUUCCCUCUCGCUUGCCUUUCAGCAGGAAGAAGAUGCAAAGCAGGCACGAAAAGCAAACGUUGAAAACGCAUUCGAAGAGGCUCAGCCGGCGAUCGCUAGCGCAGAUCCGGCACAAGACAAGGCGGCGUCGCUUUGGACCUCGCGAAGGAAGAAGGCGGACGCGUCAGCUACAGCUCAGGGGCCUUCGCCAGCUGCUGCGCUGGUGCUGGCAACCAAAGCCAAACCCGCAACGGCGACGGAGAAGUUGGGCGCGCAUAGGAACGCGCGUCUGGAUAUCAAGCAAGCGAAGCAACUGUGCAGCUUGUGCUCCAAAGAGAUCAGAAUGAGAGGCCUGGGUACAGUCGGCAUCUUUAGACCCUUCCGGCUGCCAGAAUCGCCAGAGCGCGUGGAGCGCCUUGUAGAGCUGUUUCUGCUGCACAUCGAUCCGCACAAGUACGAAGGCAUCUUCACGAUCGCACCUCAGCCAGGCGACAUCCCCGCUUCGCCUGGUGCCUCGCUCAUGAUGGAGAUGAUCGGAAAGACGGACGCUCUUUCUGAGUUGCAACGCAACCUCUCGUACGCCAAUGUGCAUGACGUCGUCGCUCUGUUCAAGUGGGCGCUGCGCAGAUUGCGACUUCGCACGGCAGACUUCAAUUCGGCCGAGCAGUUUACCUGGUACGAAGCGUUCGUGGAGGCCGAGAAGGCAGCUGAUUAUCCAGCAAAGGCGUGGUCAGACAUACUCUUGCCGUCGCUUCCCAAGGCGACUGCGGAAUUUCUGACCGAGCUGUUCGAUCUCUUCACCACGAUUUCCGCGCAUCACGUCGCCAACGCUAUGCCAGCUUCUCGACUCGCCAGGACUCUUUCUUACUGGAUCUGGGGAAGAAUUAGUGCAGAUCGCCCACCCACGAACCUCGAAGAGCUUUUCAGGGCAAGCGAGCGCAGUGCUGGCAUAACGGAACACCUCUUGCUCGCCCACAUUCGCAACCAGGCGGCCACGAUUCACUUGAUGCCGACUCGCUUGACGGAAUUGGUGCAAAAGUACCCAUACAUCGCAGAGGGAACUACCACCCCUUCUCUCCCUCCUCCCUUUGCGGCAGCGCCUCAUUUUGCUCUUCGCGUCGAUGUCAAAUCUGAAAACGUCAGUGUGAACCCUCGACGCCCUCGAGGACCAAACGACACUUUCCGCGCAGCUUGCAAAGCAAUCAUCGGCGACACUGACAGCAGUGCUGAGGUGGACGAUUGGACGGCACUCGUUGCUUAUGCCACCAAUGCGCCAGGCCCUGCAGAGGUGGCUGCUAAGCAUGCAGUCGAUGGGGACGCUACGACUGAUUCGGUGCCAGCAUCCGCACGCCUUGCAGGUGGGUUUACAGGCGCUCUCGGACCGGAGCCUUCGCCAGACUCCAGCCCAGUUGCAGGCCUCAGUACGCUGCCAUUGGAUCUGCUAGAGACAGAUGAGGAGUCCGACAUUCGUAGAGAGAGCGCCCUUUCGACGCCCGAAGACGCCCGCGUCUUGCGUAUUGUGGCGACCAUUCUGGGUGCGAGACAGAACAUACUCGAUCCAUUACCUACUCCGACACCAGAGAUGCCUCCUGCAGCUCAGCCUGACCCAUGGAAUGACGAGACCAUGCUGCGUAAGACUCGCUCAUCCAAUCCGUCCGUUUACGGAAGCAUCGCCUCGAGACCUGGCACGAGUAUGAGCUCCGUGCCACCAAGCAGAUCGGUCGAUAGUGCCAUGUCAAAUGGCAUGAGUGAGCCGGCGUCGAAUUGGCUUUCCGCUAGCGAAAGCGGUGCAGGUCUUGGUCUCAGUCGCUCCGUUUCAGCUUCCUCUGCCCUGGGUACCAGCAGCAAUUUGCCUCCGAGCUCGAGUCUGCGAGGUUUGGGCUCCAUUGGCGCUUUGGGAACGCUGCGAGAGGACGACGGCAGUCCUUCGCAGGAGGCAAAAGACAUCGACUGGGCCGACUUCAGCUCUAUCGGCUUUGGGCGCUCCGUCAGUCAAGUGGCAGAUCUUAGUCUGACUGACGUCCGACCCAUGAAACCCGCUCCUGAGCCGGAAGAGGAUCAAGAAGGAGGCCGGAGCUCACGGCAGGAGCCCCCUAUGGCGACUAGAUCAACAUCUUUUGGCUCUUUGAGACGACGCGGAACAAAGAGUCGCAGGCCUGUCUCUCGCGAGUCGGACAUUGACUCCGACUUUGGCAUGCUCUCCCCUAGCGGUCGCUCCCACCGUGCGCCGGCGGAGCCCGCUUUUAGUGUCACUAAGGUUUCGACGAUGCCAAUCAACGAAGGCUUUGUAUCCAUGUGGCAAGAUCAGCUUCUAGAUGCAGCUGCAUGCGCUUCUUUUUCCCCAGUGCUCAUCGUUCAGCUCAAUCAGAAGGCAGCCUCGCGCAUUCUAACGCCCGGAAUGGGCACCCCGACGUCAUCCUGGCUUUGCAUCGAAGAGACGAUCGCGCCUCCUCGGCCUGCUUUGCCUAGCAGCCCAAGUGCUGGCGGACGCAUGUUCGGUGGUCAUGCUAAACGUGACUCGAUCAACGGGGACGCCGCAUCUGAGCGGCGCUCCCUCUUCGCUCCCAGCUUCAAGAGCGUUACCGCAAGCAUCUACCGCCGUGCCGGGCUGCGCCGAAUGGCCAGUCUACUGAGCGUCAGAGGUGGCGCAAGCAGCAGCGGGAACCAACCGAGCCUUCCAAAGGUACGCGGAAGUAACAGCUCUUCACCCCUCGGCACUCCCACAGCCUCGACAGCAGGAAAGGAAAAGAGCAAGACGCUGACUCCAUUGAAGGUCAAUGGGUCCGCUCCGGACACGCUUCUGACGCCUACUAGACAGUCCGCUCUGGACGGGUCCACUGAUGCUGAACUCACUCCGAGAGGUGUGAGUCUUACAAACGGCAGCCAUUCUGACGCGCUGCCAGUAAGCAAUGGAGCGUCGCCAUUACCGGCAGACACUGCCUCGAUCAACACGGGCAGUAUCCGCUCGAGAUACGUGGACGCUGAGCAAGACUGAGCGUUCUCGAUCGCGACUUGGCCAUAUUUCCCCUUGAUACCUCGGCAUGAUUCUGCCUUUUCCUGCUUCCGUCUGCUGUCGAGAUGUCGGCCGCACAAAGUCACGCCGCGUGCACUCAUCUCCAAAAAACAAAAGAAAAAAGAAAACAAAAAAAUCGGAAAUGUCUAGCUAUACCCUGGAUUCGAAGAGGGCGAGUUGGACGCUCGCUUUGCCGCCUCUGCUCUUCCUUUUAUACCUUAUCCGCGUCCUCGACUUUGCUGCUGUCUCAUCUUACAACAACAACACCAUUCCUUUAGAUACCAAUUGAUGAACGCUUUUAUCCUCU